AGAACCGAGACAAGGCUAAAAGAUCUGGGCUCUUGAUUUGGGACUGUUGGACCUGUGCAGAUCAUGUCCUUUGCCAGGUGUUUUUUUCUACACUUCUUAGUAGUAGUGGGGAUGGUUGUGGUGGUGGUGGUGGUCCAUGCCGCAGAGCAAGACUUUUCUGGAAAGAAUCCUAGCUGUGUGUGUGGACACCCAGGAAUUCCGGGCAACCCAGGACACAACGGAAUACCGGGGCGUGACGGCCGGGAUGGAGCCAAAGGGGAUAGAGGAGAUCCAGGUGAAUUUGGGACAUGUGGAGCAUCAGGGAAGGAUGGACCAAAAGGAGAUAAAGGAGAACCUGGUGCGCCAGGUAUCGAUGGGCUUAAAGGGCGACGUGGUGAGACUGGAGAAAGGGGUCCACCUGGAAAAAUGGGGCCUCAAGGCUUCUCAGGACCGCUUGGUCUUAAAGGGGUAAAGGGAGAGAUGGGAAUGCCGGGACCAAAGGGUAUCAAAGGAGAUGUUGGACCAGAGGGACCUGUGGGCCCUCAGGGAAUCAUAGGGUACCAGGGGGAGAAAGGUUCUCCAGGCCCUAUCGGACCUCCGGGAAGACAAGGCCCUAAGGGUGAACUCGGACCUCCUGGCCACAAGGGCAGCCUCGGUUACCGUGGUGAAAGGGGGUCAAAAGGCGAGACUGGAGAAAAAGGACCUAAAGGAGACAUGCCUGAAAUACCCAAAAGUGCCUUUUCUGUUGGUCUGACCGCACAAAGCAAGCUGCCUGUGAGUAAUGUUCCUAUCCGAUUUGACAAAGUCAUCUACAACCGUCAGAAUCACUACAACACCAUGAGCGGUCGCUUCACCUGUGCAUUCACUGGAACUUAUUACUUCACCUACCACAUCACAGUGUUCUCAAGAAACGUCCGAGUAGCACUAAUGAAGAACGGUCAAAGCAUCAUACACACCAUGGACAACUACCAGAACAGUGAGGACCAGGCGGCGGGGGGCACCGUGCUUCAUCUGGAGGUCGGGGACAAGGUGUGGCUCCAGGUGGUUGGAGAUCAGCUCUUUAAUGGACUCUAUGCAGAUGACGACGAUGACACGACGUUUUCUGGGUUUAUUCUCUUUGCUGAAUGACAAACCGAGUGGAGAUUUCUGUAUAUGUAUAAUGUAUAGAUUUAUUCAAUGAAAUGAAACUGGACUUUAAAAGCAAUGUUUUUUCUUCCUUUAGUGAUCCUGAAUGUUAAUUGUUCCUGAGUCAAGUUUUUACACUUAUAUGCAAAAACAUUGAUUUCU